UUCACUUGCAUUUCUUCACACUCACUAUAAAAGCAACUCCCUUUCUUCUUCGCCCUCUGCAAUAAAGAAAUUUCCAUCAUGGAAGAAAACAUCAAGAUGAAGGAGAAGAAAGUAGUGGUGGCGGUGGAUGAAAGCGAGGAAAGCAUGUACGCCUUGUCGUGGUGCCUCAGCGAUCUCUUUGCACAAAACUCUAAUCCAAACAGUACCUUAAUUCUCCUCUACAUCAAACCCCCGGUUCCUGUUUACUCCUCUCUCGAUGUCACAGGUUAUUUGUUUGCUGGAGAUGUGAUUCAAACAAUUGAGAAAUACAGCCGAGAUUUGGCUAAUUCAGUGAUGAGAAGAGCAGACGCAGUUUGUAGAAACUUCAAUAGUGCAGUCAAAGUGGAGAAGAAAGUGGGGAGUGGAGAUGCUAAGGAUGUAAUCUGUGCAGCAGUGGAUAAGCUUGAAGCAGACAUUUUGGUGAUGGGAAGCCAUGAUUAUGGUUUCUUCAAGAGGGCUUUUCUGGGAAGUGUGAGUGAUUACUGUGCUAAGCAUGUGAAGUGCCCGUUGGUGGUCGUAAAGCGUCCCAAGACAGCCUAAGAUGAAUUGAUGAGCACUAAUAAUAUGAUAAUCUUCUCCCUGUUGAGGUUGAGGUCGUUUGUAUACAUACUGUGUUAUGAGAAAAGGUGUGCGUUUGUGUAGUAAGAAGUCUGUAGUUUUUUAUUAAGCCUGGAAAAGGCGUAGUUGAGUAAUGAAGGUGUUGGAAUGAUCAAUUUUGUUGUCGUGAUUUA